CGACAUAUAAUAGACCCCGAAGCUUUUGUCACUCGUCUGCCUCGUCUGCCUCGUAAAUCUCGCCCACCGCCCAAAGCUAGCAUGGGCCGAAGCAAAGCCAGCCGAUUGAAUAGCAACAACGAGCACGACGGUAACGCUAUGCAACAGUAUAAUGAUAGCGAAGGCCACUUCUCCCUAGUCAGAAACUUUCGUCUGGCUGAUCUUGUUACCAUCAUGAACGGUGUCUGCGGCUCUUUCUCAAUAUUCUCAUCUGCACAAUACCUGUUGACGAAUGACUAUGAUUACUUGUGGUGGGCACUUGCUCUCCCACUGGCCGGAUUAAUGUUCGACUUCAUGGACGGCAAAGUUGCACGGUGGAGAAAAUCGACAAGUAUGCUGGGCCAAGAACUUGACAGUCUUGCAGAUCUAGUGUCAUUUGGUGUUGCACCAGCCGUGGUCGCCUUUGCUGUGGGCCUUCGGACAUACCUUGACACCGUAUUUUUGACUGGUUUCAUAUGUUGCGGUCUUGCACGUCUUGCACGUUUCAAUGCAACUGUUGCAUUGAUCCCCAAGGAUGCAGGGGGCAAGGCCAGGUACUUCGAGGGCCUUCCAAUCCCUUCGUCUCUUGGACUCGUCGCGAUCCUGUCAUACUGGGUUCGACAAGGUUGGGUUGAGGGCAAACAGGGGAUACCAGGAGGUCUUAUUACGUUGUGGGGACCACCAGGUGGCCGUGGGGACAUUCAUCCCGUCAGUGUUAUUUUUGGUUUAUGGGCAGCCGCGAUGGUCAGCAAAACCCUUCGAGUUCCGAAGUUGUAACGUUGAUGACUUGUUACUACUCCUGUUUGAGCACAUUACGAUAACGGACAAUACACUAUAGGUAUAUAGUAUCGGGGAAGACUACCUGACCCUGAUAGUACACGACGUGCAAACAUUUUAGAUUUUUUCAUGUUGGA